UACCACCUUCAACCUGAAGUUUAGCUGUCUUUAUACAUGUCCGAGGUAGUCUAUUGUAAUAAUUACAGUGAGUAGUUAUUGUACAUAAAGCGAAUGUUGGCUAAUUACAAAUAUCCUCUCAACAUAAUUACAAACGUCCAACUCUAGCUCUCCAUACCUAUUGUGGCGUCUAUUUUCGAUGUUUCCUCUGCCAUUCGUGAGGGUGGUGUGGCAGUACUUGGUCGCGGUAGUCUUGUAAUUGACUUUUUAAUGGUACUACUCCAAUACUGUACUUCACCCUGACUCAGCUGGCUGCACAUAUUGUAUAAGGAUUAGGCUACAACGCUAACUUCGAGACGUCAACACUAAAAGAAGGCGGUUCUUCAUUGAGCCCUACAAAAUCCAAAGGCAAAAGAGACCAGACUAUUUUCUCUCAAGUCUGCAAAAACUUUCUGUAACAAACCCCCGGGAAAAACGUUCUCCAGAAUGGAAAUAUCCAAAGCAGAUGACCUUUCGUCUGAGCAGGCUGCCAAUUUACUAGGUUCACCUGGUCGAGACAAUCAGAUGAGACAGAGUGGACAGGUCCAUAAAAAGAGGUCGAAGAACCGCAUGGUCAUCGUUGCGGUACUGUUGCUCUGCUUGCUGAUGAUCACUGUCAUCGUGGUCGUAUUUGCCUUGAAGCAGCGCUGCGAUGUUAAAGUGUCAAGCUGUAAAAACAGGUGUGUGACGGGCAGCAGGGACAAGUCUGCAUCGUGCCACUGUGACCUGUCCUGUGAGAAAGAGGGAAACUGCUGUCUGGAUUACACUGAGGUGUGCGUGGAGCCUGGUCAGCGUUGGACCUGUUCCAGAUUCCGCUGUGGUGAGGAGAGGUUGGCCAAUGGCCUGUGCUCCUGCUCUGAUGACUGUGUGAAAGCAGGGGACUGCUGUGCAAAUUACUACAGCUCCUGCAAAGUGGGAGUGAAGUCUUGGAUAGAAGAGGAGUGUGAGGACAUUCAAACACCACAAUGUCCUGCCAGUUUUUCCAAACCCCCACUGAUCCUGGUGUCUAUGGAUGGCUUCCGGGCAGGUUAUUUAAAGGCCUAUGGCAGUCUUCUUCCAGUCAUCAGCAAAUUACGCAACUGUGGCACUUCUACCUCAUACAUGAGACCUGUCUACCCCACCAAGACCUUCCCCAACCACUACACCAUUGUGACUGGCCUCUAUCCAGAGUCCCAUGGGAUCGUUGACAACAAGAUGUAUGAUGUGACCCGCAACGCCUCCUUCAGUUUGAAGGUUCCCGAAAAAUUCAAUGCCAAAUGGUACCAAGGAGAACCAGUUUGGUUCACUGCCAUGGACAAUAACCUGAAAUCAGCCACAUUCUUCUGGCCGGGCUCUGAUGUGGCAGUCAAUGGAAGAUUACCUGACUUCUAUAAGAAGUAUGACAAGAGCAUCUCAUUUGAGGAGAGAAUCUCAACCAUAUUUCAAUGGCUGAACUUACCUCAAGGGGAAAGGCCAGAUUUUUACACUCUGUACAUGGAGGAACCAGACUCUGCCGGCCACCGAUACGGACCAAUGAGCAGCCAGGUGAUUGAGGCCCUGCUGAACGUGGACAGGUUGUUAGGACUUCUAAUGGACGGCUUGAAACAGAAGAACCUUCACCGCUGUGUCAAUCUGGUGCUUCUGUCUGACCACGGAAUGGAGGAAGCUUCCUGCAAAAAGGCUGCAUUUGUAAGCUCGUACCAGGACAACAUUGACGACUUCACUGUCAUCCAAGGCCCUGCUGCGCGAAUCCGACCCAAGAACCUCCCAGAAGACUUCUUCUCCUUCGACUAUGAAGGCCUGGUGAAGAAUCUGUCGUGCAGGAGCCCUGACCAGCCCAUGAGGCCCUACCUCAAAGAGCACCUUCCCAAACGGAUGCACUUUGCUAACAACGUGCGCAUUGAGAAGGCCCAUCUCUACAUGAAGCCUGGCUGGCAAGCAGCUCUACAACCUAAGGAAGUCAAGUACUGCACUGGUGGAUUCCACGGCUCGGAUAACGUCUUCAAAAACAUGCAGGCCAUUUUUAUCAGUUAUGGACCAGGGCUGAAAUACAAGACCCAAGUUGCACCUUUUGAAAACAUUGAAGUGUACAACCUCCUGUGUGAUUUGUUGGACGUUCCCCCUGCUCCUAACAACGGGACCCAUGGGAGUCUGAACCACCUCCUGAAGAACCCUCCCCACCGCCCCGUGUACCCAGCUGAGCUCUCCUCUAACUCCACCUGUGAGGCCAGUGGCCUUGCCCCCUCUGACCACCUGGGCUGUAGCUGCAGCACCCGCACCAAAGCAGCGGAGAAGACUAUGAACAGGCAACUCAUCAAAGACAAUUCCAUUUCCGGAACCAAGGCUCUUCACCUACCAUAUGGAAUCCCUCGAGUUCUCCAGGAGAAUUCUGAGUACUGUGUCCUGCACCACGCCGACUACAUCAACGGUUACAGCAAAGAUACUCUCAUGCCCUUAUGGGUCGCCUACACAAUUAACCCACUGAACAAUGUCCAGCCACUGAGUCCAGUAGCGGAGGCCUGUGUCCGUGCAGACGUCCGUGUGGCGCCGCUCUUCAGCCAGAACUGUGUCAGAUACAAGGACAACCCUGCGCUGUCCUACGGCCUGCUGCAUCCACCCAAUCUGGGUGCCAAUGGAACAGAGGCAGAGUCACUACUCACCAGCAACAUUGCGCCCAUGUACCCUGCUUUUAAAGCUGUUUGGACGUACUUCCAUGACGUCCUCCUGGUGAAAUAUUCCCAGCAGCUGAAUGGGGUCAACGUUAUGAGUGGACCUAUCUUUGACCGGCACUACGACGGACACUUUGACACUCCUACAGUUAGCACACCACAACAUGAGGCUCCCAUCCCCACUCACUUCUAUGUGAUCCUGACCAGCUGUGGAAACUCUUCCUUCUCCCCUGCUGACUGCCAGGGUCCCCUGGAGACCACCUCCUUCACCCUCCCCCAUAGACCAGACCACACUGAGACCUGUGCUAAUGGCUCAGACUUCCAAUGGGUCCAGGAGUGGGCCCAGUUCCAUGCUUCCCGGGUCCGAGACAUAGAGCUCCUGACUGGACUCAGCUUCUACCACAACAGGAUAUCAGUGGAGGAAACGCUACAGCUCAAGACAUUUUUACAGACUUUCUAAGAUCCCAAGAAGUUGCCUCCGGCAGGUUUUAGUACCAUAUUUUGUUAUCGCUGUAAGGCCUUACUACACAUAUGCAAGUAAAAAGGCACGGGCUAAAUGUGUAGCCUUGGAUCCCAUUAAAUUAAAAAAGGUGUAACACUUAUAUUUAAGUGCAUAAAGAGGGAAAAAAAGCUGUACUGUUUAAGUGAGAAAUUGCUUGAACCUCAAUCAUAGACUUUAAACCAGAAAGGCAUACACUGAAAGAAGCCAAGUUAUGACACAUAAUAUAAUAGACCGUUGUCUGUUUGGACUUGAGCCAGAACACUGAACCAAAGAAGUCAUCAUUACAGUGCAUUUCGAGAGUAUUCAGACCCAUUUUCUUGUUACAAUAUGACAUUUACAUAAGUAUUCAGACCCUUUGUUAUGAGACUUGAAUUUGAGCUCAGGUGCAUCCUGUUUCUACAACUUGGAGUCUACCUGUUGUAAAUUCAAUUGAUUGGACAUGAUUUGGAAAGGCACACACCUGUCUAUAUAAGCUCCCACUUGAACCCAAUUGAACAUCUCUGGAGAGACCUGAUAAUAACUAUGCAGUGACGUUCCACAUCCAACCUGACAGAGUUUGAGAGGAUCUGCAGAGAAGAAUGGGAGAAACUCCCCAAAUACAGAUGUGCAAAGCUUGUAGUGUCAUACUCAAGAAGACUUGACAGUAAACGUUGCCAAAGGUGCUUCACCAAAGUACUGAGUAAAGGGUCUGAAUACUUAUGUAACUGUGAUUUCAGUUUUUUUUUUUACAUUUGCAAAAAUGUCUAAAAACCUGUUAUUACUUUGUCAUUAUGGGGUAUUGUGUGUAGAUUGAGGGAUUUAAACAAAUCUAUUUUAGAAUAAGUCUGUAACGUAACAAAAUGGACAAGUCAAGGGGUCUAAAUACUUUCCGAAUGCACUGUAGAUCCAUCUACCACUCUGCUGAACACCCCUCUUUCAUCCCAGAAAAACAAGGGGAAAGAGUGAGAAUGGAAGAAAAUACGAGGAAACCGGCAUAUAAAUAGGAAUUCUAUUUGACUAAGUGAUUAUAAUAGCUGGGACAUUCUCAGGAAACCUCAGACAUUCUGGAAUGCAAAAGUUAGUAACGGACACUGGCCGAAGGCCUGAAACACUGCCAAAGUGUUUGACUCAGAUGUCUGUGAUUCGGAGAGUUGGCUGAAAGACAUGGCAUGGGUGCUCAACAGAAAGUGUUUAGUCUACAAGAACAAAAACAGGAAAACCACACAUUCCACACACAUGUUCAUGGUUGCACUUGCCAAAUGGUGUCAUUGUAUGUUUGACUAGAUAGUGUUUUUAUUUUGUUAAUAUCAAUGUUUUUAUAUAUUGAGUAUAUUUUUAUUGCUCUGUCACUAUAAAUUAAAGGUUGUGAAGUUGAUGUGGGGAAUUGGGAUUAAAUUCUUGACAGGA